UGCCGCCGCCGCCGGUUGCUUUUGCUGCUGCUGCCGCCGCCGCCGCCGAGCUCGGCGCAUCCUCCUUCCCGAGCGGCUGGACCCGAUGGGCAUCGCAGCCUGGCCGGCCAGUCUCCGCUUCGGCCAUCCCGACCCCCCCGCUGGACCGUGGCUGCCGCUUGCCUUCUGCGGGAGGCGCCCCCUGCGAGCGGAGGGCUCCUACUGUAAGAUGUAGAAUGCUCCCGGUGCUGAGAGCCAAGCGGCAGCAGCCUCUCCUCUGGCCCGGGAAUGCCGAGCCCCCAGCGCCUCCCUGGAUUUGGAUGGUCCCGAACGCCUCUGGGCUCCUUCGGAUUGGGGCCGCCGCUAGAGUGGGGCCCCCUCCCCACCCUCUGCUGCUUUCCUCACCCCCUCAUCAUCCUCCCCCUCCGCCUCCCCCGCCGCCUCCUCCUGCGCCGUUGAUCCAGGGGGUUUCAAGCUGGCAACUUCCCUGCGAUCCUUUCCUGCCCUUGAUGGCACCCGAGCACCCUUCCACCGUGCAUCAGCUGCCCUUUCUGAAUGGACAGUGGAUGUUUGGAGCUCAUUCUCCAGUCAUAGGAUUUUCACCUUCUUCAAAUGUGGAAUUUGUUCCUCUUUUUCCUCACGUAUACACAACAACUGCUCCACCCCAUUCUGGGAAAAGUUGGAUAGAAAAAAGACUACCAAACUGCAAGAUCUAUUUAAACAAUGCAUUCGCUCUGGAUUCAGCCUGGAUACAUCCCGAGGAACUACGAAUUUACCAGGGACAUGAGAAGCCUUUUGUUACAACAAAUCAAGUUGCGGUGGCAUUAUCUAGGCCAGCUACUACUCCAAGGCCUGUUCCAGCAGUGGUAUUAACACCCCAGCCUAUUCCAGGUGGUUGUCUGAAGCAAGCUGGCAGCAACCAGACCAUUGCCUUUGCAGCAGCCAUGUUGUCAGUUGAUGCAGACAGCCCUCAGGGACCAUCAACAAGUGUCCAGCCAUGCCAUGUGCUGACUUUGUCACCCAUCAAAAUACCACUUUUGACGGCACCUUUCCAAGGUGCUGCUUCUAGAAUGGAGACUCGUGUGACUCCUCUGAUGCCAGCUCAAGUCACCAGGGUGGCAUGUGUGGACUCACCAUUCAGCGUGUGAUUUAGUGGGUCUACUUUAGUUGACAGAAGUGUUGCAGAUAAAGGCAAAGAAUCAAAGAGGACCUCCUGCCCACCAACUCUGAUUUUACAUACUGAAAUGAAAAAUAAGCCAACAGAGAGUGAUGACGAGAAGAAUCAUCCCUUAAAACUACUCGCAGAUGAUGGUUCGAAUGGCAACAAACCAGUGGCAUCCACUCCAGUACCAGGAUCUCCAUGGUGUGUAGUCUGGACUGGAGAUGACCGAGUCUUCUUCUUCAACCCUACAAUGCAGUUGUCAGUGUGGGAGAAACCGGUGGAUCUAAAGAAUCGUGGUGAUAUAAACAGAAUCAUUGAAGACCCACCUCAUAAACGCAAACUGGAAACUUCAGCAACAGAUAAAAGUGAUGGCUCUUAUCCUGAGGAUAUAAAUGAUGACAACUGUACCAAAACAAAGAGAAAUAAACUGGAAGAUCCUCAAAGCGCUGAGCUAGACAAUGUCAAAGUGGAAGAGAAAAAUGUGAAAGCCUCGGAACAUCAGAUUAUGCUUCCUUUGGAAGAACGUAUUACCCAUUUUCGAGAUAUGCUUCUGGAAAGAGGGGUCUCUGCAUUUUCUACAUGGGAAAAAGAGUUACACAAAAUAGUCUUUGAUCCACGUUAUCUUCUACUGAACUCAGAAGAACGUAAACAGAUAUUUGAGCAGUUUGUCAAGACUCGAAUUAGAGAAGAAUACAAGGAAAAGAAAAAUAAGCUACUACUAGCCAAAGAGGAAUUUAAAAAGCUGCUAGAGGAAUCUAAAUUGUCACCAAGGACAACAUUUAAGGAAUUUGCAGAGAAAUAUGGUACAGAUCAACGGUUUCGACUCGUGCAGAAGAAGAAAGACCAAGAGCAGUUUUUUAACCAAUUCAUACUUAUCCUUAAAAAGAGAGACAAAGAGAACAGAAUAAGGCUGCGGAAAAUGAGAUAAAAAGGAAAUCUGCCAUAAGAAUGCAAGUCAAAUACUGUGGAAUCUACAGUGGAGGAAGUGAAUGGCAUGCAUUUUUGUGUCUUUUUUUUUUAGUUUCAAAACCCGGUGAUGUAAAGAAAAUCCAGAUAACUCGAAGAGCCUCCUGUGCACAGGAAGACUCUGUGAAAAGUUCAAGGCUGUGUUGCAGAAAUCUGCGGGAUAUUUCAUUCUCAGUGACUUAAUGUUUCAUAUUGAAGCUCUCUUUUGUACAACAUUCAAGUUUGAUGCAUUUCUAAUUAUCAUGAUAUGUCAGCCCCUUAAUUGUUUUAAUUAUGCAAAUUACUUGUAAUAUACACAAAUUUGAAAUCCAGUGUGAUUUGUAAUUAAGCAGAAGCAGAUGUCAUCCAUAGCACUCGCAAGACUUUUUUUAACCAUUUAAGAAUUACAUAUAUAAAUAUAUCUAUAAGGCUGUACUCCUGUGCACACUUACUUGAGCGUAAGUACCAUUGAACACAUGGAAACUUAAUUCCAAGUGAAUGUGCUCAGGAUUCUGCCACACAGCAAUGUUUUGACAACUUUGUACAUUAAACAUAAAUGGUUCAAAGGUCCAGUGGUAUUGAGGAUAUCAUUACUCAGUGUUCAUAGGUCUAAGUCUAGUUUUCUGAGCAGUAGUAGUAAUAGGGUAUUUACUGUAAAUCAUAGUGAAGAGUGUGAAAACCUUGGCAUUUUUUCCUGUAGAACAAUGUAUAAAUCUUUUUUAAAAAUGCUUUGUAAGUAAAUUAUUUGGGAUGAUGCUCGAAGCACACUGAAAAGAGCAGCACUUCUCUACUAAAAGCUACCAUAAAGAAGUUAUUUUGUAAACUCAUCCUACUAAUAUUUGAGUUAUUUUUAUUGUAUGCGGAGAGUUUGCAUGAGAUUAGUCUCAUCUUUGUACAGACAAAUAUUUUAACUUUUUUUUAAUUAAUAAAUAUUUUAAGACU